UAUUUUCGAUUAUUAAAGUUUAAUACUAUAUUUAUAAUAGUUAUACAGUAUAGUGCAACGUCAACCGCCGAAUUCCUGUUGUUCGCCGGGUUUGGUCUACUGAUACAUGUCGUUCACCGCUCGGACCAAUUUGAAUUCUGUCGAAAAUCAAUAAAUAACGAUGUCCGUCUGUCAUUGGCCCACCGCUCGUAGCUAGCUGACAACAUUGACUGCACUGUCUGCACUAUCCGCAGCAGGUCGUUGCGUUUUACUGUCCGUCACAGUUUGCUCGUUUGGUUUUCGCGGGUGCAGGAUUGCUGGAAGACCGUUCGCCAUGAGCAAUUCACAGAUGCAUUUACACAGCGAGAAUUUCGAUCUUUGCAGGAUUUGCCUGCUGGAACCAGAGACUAAUAGACACAUCAAGUUCAUUCACAUUUUUGGGUCCAACAAUGGAGGUUUAAAACUGAAUCAGCAGAUGAUAGAAUUAUUAGGAAUCAAAGUCGAGAAGGAUGAUAUUAAACCAAAAAUAAUAUGUGAGAACUGUCACAAAUCAUUAAUGAGUUGGAUUGAAAUGAAGAAAAAAGCAGCCGAAUCUCAAAUUGUUAUCAAUUACAUUGCUACAAAAAAAUUUGGUGUUGCUAUCCCUGGAACAUCUAAUGCAUCUUAUUCGUCUCCAAAUUCAAGGAAUAAAGAACAACCCUCCAAUGAAUCAUCUUCAUUAACACAAGCUCGAUCAAUAUCAAAAAAAUCAAAUAAAAAUAUUAUAAAUUUAAAUGGUUGUACUAGUAGUAAUAUUAACAGUAAUAAUAAACAAGGUAAUUCAAGUCGAUCAUUUAUUACAAAUCAUUCAAAACUUGCAUCUGCUGAUAGCGAAUCGGAUGACGAUACAUCUUGUUUAGAAGUAAAAACCCCAGUUGAAAUAAUUGAAUUAUCAUCAGACAGUGAAGAAUCUGUUAUAAAUGAUUUUAAAAAUGAACACAUAAAUGAUGUCGAAAAUGAGAAAUUGCACUACUGUUCCAUCUGUCAAAAGAAGAAUAUUUUGAACCAUGAUUGUUCACAAUACAAUAAAUCUUUCUUUACUUGCUUGGUGCCAAAUUGUAACAUUAUAUCAAGAUCAAAAAAAGAUUUUACACCACAUUAUCGCCGACAUAUUGGUUUGUCUUCUACAGCAGUCAUGUGUCGUCGUUGUUAUCAAGAAAUAAAAAAAUCUGAUCGUGAUGUCAAUGGUUAUUGUCAUAUACGCUGUCGUACUGUAAAUUUAUUUAAGUGUUAUGCGUGUAAUGUGAUAUUUAACAGUAUGGAAGAAUUUGCCUAUCAUAAAUUAAAAACACAUAAUGGCCGAUUAAUGAACUCGUAUGGUAAUUAUUUAUGUUUUUAUUGUGAAAUAUCAUCUCCAGAUCUAACAAACAUUAUUGAACAUACUAAGCAUUGUCUUGAAAAUCAGUCAAAAAAUGGAAUUGAGUAUGAUAUAAAACUAAAAGCUCCUACAGAAAAUGUAACUGCAUUAUUACCUGUUAAGAAAAGUAAUAUGAAAAAUAUACUGGAACGUAAAAAAGGAAAUGAGACUAAAAUUCCACGUUCAUCAACACAUAUACUUUUUACAUGUUUAAAACCUUCUUGUAAUCUUAUCUUUCAAAACUUUAAUGUUUUUAAAUUUCAUCAUCGGCAGCAUUUUGGACUUGGGAAUAAAUUGAUGUGUUGGCAAUGUUGUGUGCCAUUUUCUGGUUUAAAUGGUCUUAGAGCUCAUCAAGUUAAAGGUAACUGUCGUACUCCUGGAAUGUUCAAAUGUUAUGAAUGUUCUGAACAAUUUGAUGAUCUUCAAAGUUUAAGUAUUCAUAAAUAUACCUUACAUAAUGGCGAUUUAAUAGCAAGUAAAAAACAUAAGACUGUUUCAUGUACAUAUUGUCAUGUGGAAAUUCAUAUUCAUAAUUUGAAAUCUCAUUUGAUUACAUGUCAAUACAAUGAAGAUAUUAAAAAUGUAAAAAUUAAACCUAAAUCUACCUACACUAAAAAGUGUAAAAGCUCUUAUCAAUGUAUAAUUUGUAAUAAAAUGUGUCUUACAGCAGCAGCAUUAACAAGUCAUGUAAAGAUUCACAAUCCAUCUCCACCAAAAAAAACUAUAAAAAAAAGAAUGAGUAAUACAUCUUUAAGAACGGGAAAUUAUUUUGAAGAAUCUAAUUCUAGUUAUAAUCGAGAAGCUGAUAUAGAAAUAAAUCAAAGUAGUUCUUCUCAACAUGAUACAAAUGAAUCUAUUAAUAAUGACAUGGCCAACACUGGUGAGAAUACUGAGAUGGAUGUUGAGAUGAAUACUGAUAAUUUAAGUAAUGAAGCAGUUGAAUCUGUUAAUUAUGGCAUAUUCCCAAUUGUGAAUAAAUUUAUUAAAUGUAUUAAUUGUCCUAGAAAAUUUAAAUCAAAUUCAGGAUUGGCAAGACAUAGGCAAUCUUGUUUUACUUCAAAUUCUUUAAAAAAUAUACCUCACAAUUAUUAUUGUACCAAAUGUAAAAAAUAUUUUACGCGCUUAACUUUUGUUCAACAUUGGAGAAUACAUCAUGGAAAAAGACUCCAAUAUCAUAAAUUUAAACGAUAUUCUUGUAGAAAAUGUUCCUUAAAAUUUGUGUACAAAAUAGCAUUAGCAAUGCAUAAUGAACAUGUGCAUGGAGAAGAAAACACAAUAGCUAUUACAUCUAAUAUAACUCCUACUAACUGUGUAGUAAUGUUACCAGUUAUAUCUGAAACCACAUCAUUGGCCAAAAGUAUUUCUGAAACAACUACUGAAAAUAAUGAAGAAAACAAUGGACCAAUUAAACAAGAAGCAAAUACAAAUACAUUAUCAGAUCAAUGGGAAAUGACUAAUAAUGAUAUUAAAGAAAAUAUAAUUGAACAUAAUACUAUUGAAGGAAAUAAUGAAGUCAAUGACUUGAAAAGUAAUGAAGAACAGGAUAUAAGUAAUAAUAAUGAUGACAGAGAAGAUGAAACUAAUGUUUAUACUGCACAAAAUAUAAAUCAUAUUAUAGAAAAAUUGAAUGAUAGUGAAGCAAUAGAAAAUCUCCUUUUUGAUGAAGAUACUUUGGCAGUUAAUAAUAUAUCUUCAAUGGAUGUUUCAGAAUCUGACCACAGUUAUUUUGAUAAAACAAUCACUAAAAUAGAUAAUAAUGAAACAAGUUUGUCUUCUAUAAAAGAAAAGCAACAAAAUUGUUUAAAUACUGAAUUGGUAGCAAUAAAUGAGACCCAAAAUGUUAAUCAUGCAAAUGAAAACAAAACCAAUAACUCAAUACAAGAAUUUCCUACUUCGAGUAAUUAAAACCUAUGGAAAAAAAUAUUGACUUAAAAGAAUUUAAUUUAUUUCACAGGUUUUUAACUAAUAAUACCAAACUUAAAUAAAAUGUAAAGAAAAAUAUCUUAUUAUAACUAUAAAAUUAAA